AUGCCAACCUUCAUCGGGCAUCUUCUCCCAGGGGCAAUCUUCUUCCUCUUUGGACUUUACUAUGCCAAGUUGGUGUCCCUGGCCUUAUUGCGGGGCCAGAGGCUUCUAUUUCUCCCCUCCCCACCUAAAAGUCAGGGGAGCUGGUUGCAACGGUUGCCCGCCGAAGGGGCGCUGAAGGUGAUCAGCUGCACGACUGGCAUCCUAGGGGAAUUCUUCUACCCUCCGGGGGAUAACCGGCUGGCCCUCCUGAACUGGGAUGACCCCACCAGGCCAUUUCUCUACCACAACUCGUGGCAGCACGUCACCAUGUACGGCUUCUUCUUGGCCAGCGGCCUAGUGGACCUGGUGAGCCAGACCUGGCUGGCCCGGAGGUGGCUGAAGUUGGAGCAGGCGGCCCUGGCCCUGGCCUUCCACGUGCUGCUCCUGUUGCUGCUCUCUCACUCGCAGGGCAAGGGUGUGCUAGAGACCCGAGUGCACACCCUGCUGCUGCUGCCCGUCUUCCUGUUGGCCCUGGUGCUGACCAUCGAGCAGUGGGCCCCCGACCAGCCCCAGCUCUGGGUAGCCAAGACCUGGAUGCUCCUGGUGCUGGGCUCGUGGAUGCUGCAGAUCGGCGUGGUGAUGUACCACCCUCCCACGGGCCGCCCCUGGCACGGGGAGAACCCCGCGGACCUCAUGUUCCUCACCACCUUUUUCUGCUGGCACCUGGCGCUGAACGCUACCUUCCUGGCUGCCGUGUAUGGAUUGUUCACCCUGUGGAACCGCCGCUACCCCACUUGGGCAGCGGGGAGAGGGGACGGGUAUCAGGUGUGCCCUCUGGGCACCUCCAGCGAAGAGCUGCAGAAGCUGAAGGGGGAGACCUCACCCACUCACUGGUGCAUUCCAACGGGCCAGAAUCUUGGCAUCGUGGAUUUGUUGCCCUCAAAUGAAGGUGGCUGCCCUUAG